CUUCUGACAGGAGCUCGUGUAGAGACUUCUCGGCGUACUUCAAAAUGUGUGAUUCUUCUUUUCCACGUUGGAAACAUCUUAAAAGAUGGCACUUCCUUAUCUAGUCUUGCAACAUGGAAGCAGACAUCCUAAGGAUGUGUGCUUGAAAGUGCACUGACGGAGGCCAAACAUGGAAGCUGAGUGGAACUGCAGCUUCCAAUGUGAAUCACCACUCUGUCUCAUCCACUCAGAAGUCAACAGGCAGGAGAGCAUGGAGGUGAUGUACAGACUGUGCACUCUCAGCAAGAUGACCGCGGAUCCUCUGAGGCGCUCCCUCUCACCUGUGCUGAGCGCCGUGGUGUGGACGCUGCUCUCCUGCGGCAUCGUGCUGGCCUUCUGCUUCCUGCUCUUCACCCUGCGCUUCAAAAACAACAGGAUUGUCAAGAUGUCCAGUCCCAACCUGAAUGUCCUGAGUCUCUUUGGAAGCAUCCUGACCUACAGCAGUGGCUUCCUGUUCGCUACGGACGGGCGAUCACACCCGCAAAUGGAAGCGUCGACGGCAGUACUUCAUGCUCAGGUUUGGACUCUCUGUCUCGGCAGCACAAUGGUGUUUGGACCUAUUUUGGGGAAAACGUGGAGACUGUACAGGGUGUUCACUCAGAGAAUGCCUGACAAGAGAGUGAUCAUUCGAGACAUCCAGCUGAUGGCAAUGGUUGCCCUCCUGCUCCUGAUGGACCUGCUGGUUCUUACUGCCUGGAACCUCACGGAUCCCAUUCGUUGUUCUCAAUCAGUCACUGCAGUGGUGAAGCUGUUGGAGAAAGACAUAUCCUACUCUUUGUCGCAGCUUCAUUCCUGUUCAUCUGUGUACUCGCAUCUAUGGGUCAUCAUUAUAGCUGUUAAAAAGGGUUGUCUCCUCCUCUAUGGAACAUAUCUAGCCGGCCUGACCAGCAAUGUCAGCCACCCUCCGGUCAACCAGUCUCCCACCAUCCUAACCGCUGUCACUUUGGUGGCCCUCUGCUCCACUGUGGCCAUCCCCGUGUCCGUCUUCAUGCAGGCUUGGCCCAAUUUGGUUUACAGCACUGUGGGUGGAGCCAUUUUCAUCUGUACGCUGGCCACCAACUGCAUGUUGUUUGUUCCUCAGCUGGCUGAGUGGCGGAACUUUGAAGAGGAUCAGAACAACCCGGGUCAGAUGGCCAAGUAUUUCAGCAGCCCCAGUAAGAGCCAGCCUUCAGUGUACAGCCAGGACGAAAUCUAUUUCCUGUUGGGGGAGAACAACUCCAUGAAAAAACUGCUCAAUGAGAAGAACGCUGUGAUUGACAGCUUGCAGGAGCAGGUGAACAACGCCAAAGAUAAACUUCUACGUCUGGUGUCAGCCAGCCAAGGGGAUGUGGACUCCACAAAUCUCCCCUCCUCCUCCACUCAGACCACAGAACUUCAAUCCUGUAACCUUCCAGCUUCUCCACCUCAGAGGGACAACAAGUCCAGACUCUCACACGUGUCCGUUUUACCUUGUUUUAUUGAUGCUGACCGUCCAGGGUAUUCUGAGCUUGUCCCUCCAUCAAGCUCCAUAACUCCUCCUGCAGCCCACUCUCCUGUCCUGGGUGGGUUGGAUGUAGAUUCAUGUAAGUCCACAGCAGAGGAUGCAGGCUUACUUAGGACAGCAGAGGAGACGGCUCACUUUGUCACUUCAGUCCAAUCACAUAGAUUGUUAAACCCUUGUGAGGUUGAAACCUUAAGCAACUGCCCAACAUCCCCCUUGGGACCAAGCACCCGACCAACUGGUUUUGUUAGUAGCGAGAAGUUGCAGGAGAUCCUUCAAGAACUUAAUGUGGAAACAGUCUUGUCCAGAAGGCCUUCUCACAUCAAAUUCAUACAAGACUCCUCGCUUUCCCCAAUCUCCUUCCAGACACCCCGCUCCCCGAACCCUACUUUAGUCUUCCACUACCCCAGCAUCUCACCCUACGCCAUGAGGAAACGUCGGCCACCCUUCCAUUCUCCGAGACGUGCUGUGGCCCCAGCUUGUCUCUACACAAAGACUGCUAGCUGUAGGCGGACGAGAUACAAAUGCGGGGCCCAGAAUCAAAGCAAGCAUCCUGAAGGAGUCAUCCUAAAUGGGGGAGUCACAAUGGGUAGUACCCUCCGGGUUCCUCUUGAGGUGCAAGUGCAGGAUAAAGAAAGCUUGGCAUCAAGGCCUGAUAUAGAUGCCUGUGAUAUAAACAUGGGCAGCGAUGCCAGGCAGCACUGUGAAGACAGGAUGAACCCUUGCCACCACUGGGACUCAGACUCGAGCAGCUCAACAGACUACAGCUUCUACCACCGACCGUACUGUGACUCCUGCUUGCAGAGAGGCUCGCUUUUGUCCUCAGACUCCUCCUCAGACUCCUCGGACAGCGAGUAUGAAGGUUACAGCCUCUACCGCGCUGCACAUCCUGUUGUGUUCAAGGAAGACCUCGAACCAACACUUGUGUAAUCAGAACUUUGAGGCACCAUUUAGUUCAAAUGAUCCUUAGGGACAACUUUAACAACAAGUAAGUUAAACUUUAUUUAACUUAGUGAAAUCAAUUUGACUGCAGUGGGAUAUGUUAUUUAACGGUGCAAAACAGUAUCUCCAAAAGGUGAAUACACCACUCACAUUUCACAACAAUUGUAUUAUAUCUUAGGGACAAUACUGUAAAAAUACAACUUGGAUAAAACAUACAGUAGUCAGUGUCCAGAUUAAAAAGCUGAUAGAUUUAAAAUAUAACGACACAUGUUGCAGCACCACAACUACAGCUCCCUAAUGCACUCAGGCAACUGCAGACCAUAAACAAGACACAAUUAACUUACUUCUCACUUGCCAGAUAUUUUAACAAUGGCAGUUUGUUGGAUACUAAAUCAGUGCUGCUAUUCAAGCUAUAUACUGACUACUCUAAAGUAUAUCCAAGUUGAAUUUGUGCCUUAGGAAGAUAUGCUGUAAUGAAAUGCUCCUUUUGUGAGAUACCGUAUAUGCACAUCUGUGUUUAUUUUACACAUUUAACAGUUAACUGGUGCAGACAUCGAGCUCUGAAUACCCAACAGUACACCUGCAUUAUCUAAUGACGGGAGUUGUUUUAAAAAUGUUGCUUUUAUAUGGAUAAUAAUAUGCUAACUAAAAUAUUAGGAACAGUUCUCAUUUUGAUGCAGACGACAACCACAAUAAUGAACAACUCAGCAUUAUUACGAUAUGGCUCUUAUGACAGAUCUCAUUGGAUUAUGCAGGGGUACUUUAUAUUUAUGUUGGGGCUGGUGAGUGUGUUUCGCAUAUUUACAUAUAUUUUGUUUUUUAUUGACAAAUGAAACUAAUUAAAAGUACACUGGUUAGUGAGUUAGUGACAUUACGUUGUCGGACUUGACGAUGAAGAAUUUAAGGAACGCUAUAUUUAUUGUGUUAUUUAUUUUUACAAGUUGCUUUCUAGAUCACUUUAGUAAUGUUGUGAUUCAUUGAAAAUGUUGUUUUAAUGUACAACUGGAGUGUUUUAAUUUAUUGGUCUUCUUGUGACAAACACUUCAAGCACAUGAUGUGAGCAUGAGGUGAAUACUCCAUAUUUCUACACUCAAAAUGUUUUGUACUGUCUGUAUGGUGGACUAAAAGGGCACAAAGAGACCCAACUGGC